GUUACAGGUGCAGCAAAAGGGGAGCUGCAAGAAGAAAUAAAAGGGGUACCCCAAAAGAAGCCAAAACAGAUAGUGAAGAAGGGACUGUACAAGGAAAAGGCACUCUAAUAUAUAUCGGAUUUAUUGUGCUUCAUGGUGUACUAUGGAGGCAAAACUGUUUCAGUGUUGAAUCUGCUCGUCUUUAGCGUGCUUCAGUGUGCAUUAUUGUCUGCUAUAAAGGUUGCUAGCUUUGGCGCGUACAUGUUUGACUACAACGUCGUGACAAUGUCUUUUGCACCACGAGACACCCAUGAAGCACAAGUGCAGUUUGCUCUUGAGAGAGGUGUCCCCGCUGUUCUUGGCAUCAUGGCAACGCGAAGGCAGCCAUAUCCAAGUGGCGCAUUUGAUCUUAUCCAUUGCAGCCGAUGCCUCAUUCCCUGGACAGCAGAUGAUGGCUUGUAUCUGAAAGAGGUGGACAGGAUGCUCCGGCCUGGGGGGUACUGGGUCCUCUCGGGACCACCUGUUAACUGGCAGAAGCGUUGGAGAGGCUGGGAUGGAACACAAGAGACUUUCCAAAAGAACAUGACGGACAUCGAGGACUUGGCGGCAAAGUUGUGCUGGACGGUUGCUGUCAAGGCAGGUGCUCCAGGGUCGGGUGACUUUGCUGUCUUCCAGAAGCCUGUUACAAGGGAGUGCUACGCGACGCUCCAACCAGAAGGGUUAUGUCCGCCCGGAGAAGACCCUGAUGUAGCGUGGGAGACACCUAUGAAGAGUUGCAUCUCAGAGCCCGGUGCGAAUGUUACAGAAACUCCCAAGUGGCCCCAGCGAUUAACGGUACCGCCCGUUCGGCUUAAUGAGAUCGCGGGAUUGAGUCCGCAGGCGUUUGAGAGGCAUAACGCAAUGUGGAGAGAGCGGUUUGCAUACUACAAGAAGGUUGCUCUCGGGGAGCUGAAGGAAAGGAAGAGAAAGAUCAGGAACGUCAUGGACAUGAAUGCUGGCUAUGGAGGCCUUGCAGCAGCUUUAGCUCUCGAUGAGGAAGCAGUAUGGGUCAUGAAUGUUGUGCCGUCACACAUCGUCAACACCUUGCCCAUCAUCUAUGACCGAGGAUUGAUUGGAACUUACAUGAACUGGUGUGAGGCGUUUUCAACAUAUCCGCGGACAUAUGAUCUCGUGCAUGCAGCAGGGCUUUUUGGAUUAUACAGUGGAAGAUGUGACAUCAUAGAUAUCCUGUUAGAGAUGGAUCGUGUCCUUCGGCCUGAAGGUUUGGUGAUUAUACGUGACGAGCAGCGGAUUGUCGGCACGGUCUCCAAGAUCGCCCGGGGUCUGAGAUGGGACGUAGCCAUGGUGGACGCAGAACGAGGCUCCACAGAGAAGAUCCUUGUUUGCCACAAGAAAUACUGGGUGUCCUCGUAGGAGCAACCUCAAGGCCUGAGCAGAUGCAAGUGGUUGACCCCCUUGCUUGUGUACUCUGCCCCCUUGCUUGUGCAUAUCACAAAUUUUUCCUUUUUUUUUCCAGUUGUUUUUUCUUUUUGAUUUUCGUUUUUGCGUUCUUCUCUCCUCCCCCCCCUCCCCCCACUUUCGCUUCCUUAUGGUCUUGAUGAAGUGAUUGUUUAUCCUGGUUUCUCCACUGAUUGCAGGAUAACCAUAUACUUCUUCGAUGAUUCUGGAUGUUGUUCGAUUUCAGGUCUAGAUCCCUUGAUCGCGGCAAUAAAUUUGCAAGAUGUUGCUGAAAUAAGCAAUAUAUAUAUAUAUGUAUUCAGCCCACAUGGCAUGGGAUCGUCCUCAAGAUUUUUCUGAUGUGGCUCUUAAGAAGUCUGCCAUGUAGAUUUCUUCCCUGAUCUAUCUGUGGGAGCGCGGCGAUUAAUUGGUAGAGGAUUUCGGGGCCCAAGAAUUUGCAGUUUGGUAGAGGAUUUUGGUUCGGGGCUCAACAAUUUGCAGUGUUUGGUCCCGCAAGGAUUAUGCACUUUAAUAAACGGAUUCUUUUUUUGACUGCUAGUGAGAGAAAGGCAGCAGAUGACGGCUUGAUUUGAGAAAAUUUCACAUCUGAAUUUCCUGAAAGGAAGCUUGUUUUGUCUGAUUUUUGGCAGGAUUCUGUUUGGACCCAGUAUGUAUUUUCUCGUUGGUGCUUUUCUGACUUUGAACCAUCCGCCUCAUGUCUCGUUACUUCAUUCACGGUGUACUUUCUCUAUGCGUUAAAUUGCGUGUUUCAUCCCCCUCUUCUCUGGGUGUGUUAGCCUUACCUGUGGAGCUGAUCCUCCCAGUCCUCACCAGUGUGUCUUCUCGCUUUUCCAAUCUCGCUUUCUCCUUUGUCUUCUUGCUUAUGUUUAAACCAUUAAUGGUGCUUAUCACAGGGCCUCCAAUUUCUCUGACUGUCCAUUGCAUGGUUGACUGUGAGUCAAUUGCUUAUCUGGGGCUGACUGUGAGUCAAUUGCUUAUCUGGGGCUGACUGUGAAUCAAUUGCUUAUCUGGGG